CAGUGGUACAGUUUUCAAAUGCCAAGAUGUGAGUGAUUUUAUUUGAGAUGUAAAUAUGUUUUUGUUAUCACAGGGAAUAAGUGGUCGUAUGGUGAUAGUUUACCCGGAAUAAUGUCUCUCAGCAUUAGAACUAUUCCAGAAAUAUUACAGUCUCUAAGAUAAGAAGAUGUCAAACGCAAGUGUACAGACACUCGAAAUUCCGUCGAAGGUGUAUGAGAACUUCCUUGCAGUUUUUCCGAUUUUAAAAGCGGAGGAACCUGUUAGUGGCUCCCAAGACACUUCCUUCAUAGCUGAUGUUGUCAGAGAACACAAUCUUGGUCAUUUUCUUGAAGAUUUAGUUCUGUCUCGGAUACAGAAGAUUUUACGACAGAAAAUAGCUCCUGAAUUUUGGAGCAAGUUUUCUGGAAGUGAAGGUGAAAAUGAAGGCUUUGGAAGAUUUAAAGAUGCUGUGAAUAAUUUAUACAACCGACUGCAUCAGUUUCUCCCAAUCCUGGAGAAACUGGAAAAAUUACAUGAUCUGUCAGCCUCUAAGAAUCAUCUUACCUUUGGUCAGAGAUCUGUAGUGGAAGAAUUUAAAGUUUUAUUGAGGGCAACACUACAUUCACAGCUUCCAUUAAACCAUUCUGCUAUAACUGAAGAUUUCUACAGGAGGUCAUUUAAAGUAUUCUGCAACUCUGAUAAAACUGAAUCAGAUAUAGAUGAAGUCGCAGAUAGUGAAAAUGUGGUGUGUGGAGGUUGUGGCACUGAAAUUGAGGGUUGUCAGUGUCGAGCCAUAUUGGAUGCCUUUCAUGAGACAAAUAGGAAACUGAUUGAGAUGGAGCUGUUGGAGAGACUUUCCAGUGAAGUCAUAACUUCUCUAAUCCAUGUUCGGAUUGAAAAGCAUGUACAUGACAGUUGCAAAGGAAGUUUUGAUACAUCAUACCUUGCAUCUUUAGAUGAAUGGCUGGAAACUGUUGUAAUGGGAUGGCUGACUCGAAUUUAUUGUGCUGGAACUGAUGCAGCCCCACCUAGCACACGCUCCACACAAGAAGCUCUCAAUAAAUUCAAGCAGAAGCUCUCUCACUUUUUGUAUGAGACAUAUACCCGGACACGUAUUGAGCAGUUGUUUAAUAUUAUUAUUGAAUAUCCAGAUUCACAGCCAGCAGUUGAAGAUCUUCGUGUGUGUUUACAAAAAACAGAUCUUCGCAAAACCCUAGUGCAACGACUACAAAGGGCACUGGAAACUCGACUCUUGCAUCCUGGUGUCAAUACUGGUGAUAUUCUGACUGCUUAUGUUGCCGCUAUUCGUGCCCUUCGACAACUGGACCCCUCAGGAGUACUGUUGGACACUGUAACACAGCCUGUACGGCAGUAUUUGCGUCAUCGAGAUGAUACUGUGCGAUGUGUAGUGAGCAGUCUUACUGAAGAAGAUCCAAAUGAACUGGCAGAUGAACUUGUGCGAGGUGAAGUUCUUGCCCUGGAUGAAGGUUCGAUCUCAGAUGAUGAUGCGACCACUGAUUGGGAGUCCUGGACACCAGACCCAGUUGAUGCUGAUCCUUCAAAACCUUCAAAAAGUCGCCGUACUUCUGACAUAAUAUCUAUGUUGGUCAAUGUAUAUGGUAGCAAGGAUCUUUUUGUUAAUGAAUAUCGCACUUUGCUUGCUGAUCGCUUGCUGUCACAAUUUAAUUACAACACGGAAAAGGAAAUUAGAUACCUUGAACUCUUGAAACUGAGGUUUGGUGAAGCUCAGUUACAUUACUGUGAAGUAAUGCUGAAAGAUGUGUAUGACUCAAAGCGAAUAAAUGCACACUUGCAUUCUGAUCCUAACUUCAGUCUUGAACAACAGAAGUUUCCAGUGUGUGCUAUGGUCCUCUCAGCACAGUUUUGGCCACCAUUUAAGGGUGACACAUUAGAGCUGCCGCCCUUUAUAAAGGAACAUCUUGAUGUUUAUACAAAAGCCUUUGAAACACUGAAGGGUAACAGAACACUCUGCUGGAAGCCACAUUUGGGUGCAGUAAAUCUUGACAUCGAGUUGAAAGAUAGAAAUAUUAAUUUGACUGUAUCUCCAAUCCAUGCCACUAUUAUUUGGCAUUUUCAAACAAAGAACCAGUGGACUAUUGAAGAACUCAGUCAAGAAAUGCGAGUUGCUCCAACAAUCUUAAGAAGAAGGAUGGCGUUUUGGCAGUCACAGGGUUUGGUGAGAGAAAUGUCCACUGACAACUUUGUUCUUGUGGAGGAGACAGUUCCUCGAUCACGAGGUCCUACUGCGUCAGAUAUGAUGUGUGAAGAUGAAGAGGCAGAGAGCCCCAUGGCCUCUGCACAUGACCAGCGGGAAGAAGAGCUUCAGGUAUUCUGGUCAUAUAUUGUUGGAAUGCUCACAAAUUUGGACUCGAUGCCUCUAGAGCGGAUACAUCAGAUGCUCAAAAUGUUUGCGUCACAGGGACCAACAUCUGUGGAAUGCAAUAUACAAGAACUAAGACAUUUCCUUGACAGAAAAGUUCGUGAACAUCAGUUGCUGUUCAGUGGCGGGUACUAUCGCUUACCUAAAUCAUAGACAGCAAAUGAAACAAGGUCACCAGCUACACGGCAGCACACAGUUGUUCUUUAAUUGUACAUAAAUGUUUGAAAUUGUAAUUAAUUAUGCUGUAUACAAUGUAAUUAAAAGAAAUUACUUUUGUAUUCUAA